AUCACGUGACAUAGCAACGCCGACGUAGCGACCGAUUGUCUGCUACAAUUUUGGUACAACGACUGAAACUCACCACAGACUUGCAAAUAUGAAAAAAUACAAACCUGUUGAUGCAGUAUAUGAAGACAUAUACGACUUUGAUGAUAUCAAUGGUACAUCCUUUGAAUCUCCAAGGUCAAGUAAAACCUACACUGUUGACAAUUAUGGUAACAUUGUCCAUCCCAGCAACAAACCAAAAGUCACAGAUGAAAGGGUACACUUACCUCCCGUGGUCGUCGGUAGAAAUCUGGUUCCCCGGCCCCCGACGGCUAGAUGUGGUAUUGCUUAUAGGCGCGAAAAGUCAUCUGCAGAAUCUGGGAACACAAAUAUUGCCAGGCAAAAUAGAAAACAAACUCCAAAUGGUAAGUCAACAAUUAUCUUACAAAGUAGAUUUUAG